AGCGAAACGUACGCAAGAUGAAGGCGCCCAAACUUGUGCACAUAAGUUCUAUUCUGUUCUCUCUCAUAUGUAUAGUCCAAGGCGUAUUCCUUUGCAUCUAUCCAACCAAAUAUCUUGACAGAAGUUGGGUAUUCAUAUUUCUAUUAUUCUUUAUUGGCGCAUCGAUCAUGGCAUUCUAUCUCCGCUUUCAGAAAUGCCUAUGUCGCCGUUUUCAAUGGCUUCGUGAUAACAUUCCAGAAUGGGCUAAAUGGGAUAUCAAAAGUUCGCUGUGGUGUGUUUGGCUUGUGUAUAGUAUCGGAUUGGUGGUAACCAUUGCUGUAAUAUUUGGCGGCGUAAUCGAUGGAAACCACGCGGAAACAUGUCGAGAUAAAAACGACAAUUUCUCGGGAACCUUUAAGAAUGUGAAAAUGUGUCGGACGAAAGACAAUGAAAUAUUUUUCAAGGAAGGAACGAUCUGUGGAAAUUUAACCAACGACUACGCGACAUUUUGUUGGAAGGCGAAAAGCGAAGUGAUCCGUCUACUUAAAAAGGAUGAGUUCUUCGGACCGAGCGUGCUGAAGAUCACUUUGUGUGCGACCCCGGUAUUGAUGCUACUGCUCUUGAAGUCUGCCAGAGCGCCAAAACGCGACGACAGAAGAUACCAAAAUGGAACAGGUAUAUGUUAAAAUCUGUUAUAAAAUCUGAUCAUAGGUCUGAUGAGACAACUUUUCUUCAAACACUCAUUAAUAAUUCAUAAACUUAUUGGCAAAUCAUGUCAACCAUAAUAUGUCACGUGCAGUGGCUUUAAACCUGAUAAAACACUCCUAAUUAGUAUUCUUUAUAUAAAGAAUACUAAUAAGGCAGUAUCUAUUGUAGUCGUGUCCUCAUUAGUAUUUUUUAUAUAAAGAAUACUAAUAAGGCAGUAAAUCUAUUGAAUUUGUAGUCGUGUUUGAAGCCGUUUAAUAAACUCGCAGGUCGUGUUUUAUUUAUAAAUGCAAAAAAGAUCUGGACUCAAUAACAAUUAAGAAUAUACCCGGAUAAAAAACCAUUUCAAUAAUGAAUGAUGUUGAUAUAAUUGUCCUGUACUUUUUAUCUUUCAGUGAGAAAGUUUCGGACGAAGAAGGGAGACACUUAGACCAAAUCAUCUAAUUUCAAUUUUAAAUAAUCUACUUAUAGAUCAGACAGAAGAACCGGAGGACGCGGUCGAAGACGAGGACUUAAAAGAUUUGUAUUUUAGAGCAACCGUAAACCUUUUUGACGGCAUGGAAAUGCUCGAAGAACUUCUGGAACAUGGAAUUCAUGGAGCUGACGUUCCACAAGGCUUAGAAAAAAUCGUAUUGAACUCCGUUGGCUUUUUCUACUUUUUUUCAUUCUUUGAGCUUCUGCAUUUAGCAUUUCGAGUGAAGGAAGAGAAUGUGGAAGAAACAACAACAUACAGCCAAAGUGACGAUGAAAGCAGAAGGAAACAAUGGAAAAAAUGGAAACAAUGGAAAAAAUGGAAACAAUGGAAAAAAUGGACUCAAGGAGCAAACAGUUUUUCUCAAAUUGUCUUGAAUGGCUCAUUUUUUGGUCUACGUUUAAGAAUGUGGCGCGAGUACAAGCGUGACGCGGCAAUUUUUCUCGCGAAAAAUUUGAUCUGGAUCGUUAUGAAUGUGAUGCCAUAUUUGUUUGCUUUUGGUUGCGUUGAUGAUGAGAGUGAUGAUGGAUUUGAUAGUGGUUUUGAUGGUAACCCUGGUGACCUUCCUGGUGAUAAUGGUGACUUUGAUGGUAACCUUGACCGUCUUGAUGGUGAUCUCGAUGGUAGCCCUGGUGAUCUUGUUGGUAGCCCUGGUGAUCUUGAUGGUAGCCUUGGUGAUCUUGAUGGUAGCCUUGGUAAUCUUGUUGGUGAUAAUGGUGACCAUGCUGCUGAUAAUGGUGACCUUGAUGGUGGCCUUGGUGGUGUUGAUGGUGACCUUAUUGGUGAGUGGUGACCUUGUUGGCGAGUGGUGACCUUGGUGGUGUUGAUGGUGACCUUGAUGGUAACGAUGAUCUUGAUAGUGAUAAUGGUGACAUUGCUGGUGAUAAUGGUGGCUUUGCUGGUGAUAAUGGUGACAUUGCUGGUGAUAAUGGUGACAUUGCUGGUGAUAAUGGUGGCUUUGCUGGUGGUAACGACGAUGAAUCAAGACACAAAGAGUAAAGUUUUUUUCAUAUUCUAUAGUUUGCAUGUUAUAUUUGAAGUUUAUUAAACCUUUUCAAACCUUCUUUUCAAACAAAUAAUAUAAACAAGAGCCUCAUAGAUUGUACUCGAAAGACGCUCGUCAAAAUAGUAGAAGAAAGACAGCAUCAAUGCAGAUUUUGUAACAGAAACAUUUUUUUCUGAAUCUAGUUUGUUCUCGUGUAUCAAUAGCAAAUUGCCUCGUGAUGAUAGAUAUAGCUAGAUUUGACUUGUUUUGCUUCAGCUUGAUACCAGUGACGUAAAAAGGACAGCAUUUAGUAUUUAUAGUAUAUAUAAAACACUCCAGCGCAACUUAAAUAAAGUUUAGAAACAUUUAAACUUUUCAAUUCCUCC